AGUAGGAUAACUCUCGUUGACAAGUUACAGGCAACUAUCGUUUCGAAACAAGUUCAUUUGUAAACAUGAGUGAGAAAUAUUCGAAUUUUCAAAGUCAAUCUGACUUGGAUGCUCAAAAAGAAGAAAACAGAAAAGCGAGGCAUCUUAUUCUUGAACAGGCUAAAAAGAAAUAUGAACGAGAGGAAGCAAAGAGGGAAAAGGCAAAGAAAUCUGGAGAAGGAACUUGGAUGCUUGAUUCAAUAUCACAGAGAAUUGAGAAUGAUUCAAAGAAGUUAAAAAAAGCAAAGAAGAAAAAAUCAAAGAAAGAGAAAAAGAAAAAAAGGCAGUCCUCUGGCUCGGAUGAGGAUGAAGACGCAGAAAUGUGGGUGGAAAAGUCACCAUCAAAUAAAAAUGAUAGUCAACUUUUUGAAGGUCUCAGAAUUCAAAGGGACAGUUGGAUGGAGGCACCCCUGGACAUUCUGCCCACAACAUCUAGACAGGAACUGCGGGACGUUAUUAAAAAACAAAAAGAUGAAGCCAAUAAAGAAGCAGAGAGAUUGCUUCAACCAGGGCAGCAUGCUAGGGAACUAAAUCCAUACUGGAAAGAUGGAGGGUCUGGACUUCCAUCUGUAACACAAAAUGACACAGUCAAAAAGCCAGAAAACUUAUUGCCCUUAGGGCACUCUGCAGCUGGGGAUGGCGGUCUUGCUUGGUUGAGACAAGCCCUCGUCAGGUGUAAGCAACAAGCCGUAGAUGAAGGAAGGAGCCUUGAAGAAGUGGCGGCAGAAAGAUGGGGGUCUUUAAAGAAAUUGCAGUCCAUGUUGGCAGAGGCUGAGAUGAAACAUAAAGGUUUGAGGCGGGGAAAUGGAGCAAGGGAAUCUAGCAGGGCUACAUCUCAAGAUGAAAGACAUCAAAGGAAUAAAGAACAUAGCCCAGAUAGAAGAAGACAAAGCCCAGAUAGUAGAAGACAAAGCUCAGAUAGAAGACAAAACCCUGAUAGAAGAAGACAAAGCCCUGAUAGAAGAAGACAAAGCCCAGAUAGAAGAAGACAAAGCCCAGAUAGAAGAAGACAAAGCCCUGAUAGAAGAAGACAAAGCCCUGAGAGAAAAACAUUCAGUUCAGACAGAGGAAGGGAUGAUGACAAAGAUUACAACAAAAGAGACUCAACUAAAAAUGAGCACAGUGAGAAACCCAGGUCACGCUUUCAACGUCCAACAUCUGAUGAUGAGGAUGAACAAGACAAUUCUAGAAAUGAUGUCAAUAAAUCCUCAUACAGUAGAGGAGAUUCAAAAAGGUCACCACCACGUGCUAUGUUCCAGCAGCCAGGAUCUGACAGUGAUGAAGAGGCGGUGAAGCAUUCUUCUAGGACUUUAUCUGUAGAUAAUAAAGAGAGAAAGAAAGAUGAAAGACACAGUGAAAUUAGAGAGGAGAGAGAGAGAAGAUGGAAGAAAUCUCCAGAACAUGUUCCUAAAUGGAAAAAAACUCAGCCUUCAGAAGACAAAAAGGUAGAUAACUCUGAAACUAGGCUACAGAAACACAGAAGAGAGAUAACUGUCAGCAAAAAGUCUCCAUCCCCCUCGUCAGGAAGCAGUAGUGACAGUGACAGCAGCAGUGAUCAGCAGAAAGAAAGUCCAGUUGCGAGUGUUCAGUCCAGUGUGGCAGUGAAAAUUCCUACUGAGGAGGAGCUUAAUCAGAUAGCGGCCAAGAUCCUCAGGGCUGAAAUCAUGGGGGAUGAUUCACUCGCUGCUGAGCUGAAGGAUAAAUUAGAAAAGUCCAGAAAGUUGAGGGAAGAGUCUAAGUCCCAGGGCAAUGACAACGUCAAAGAUUUUUCCCACACCAGAAAAGACCUCACAGUGAAAGGCAGCACAAAGAGAGUUGGGGAAGAAGAGGAAGAGACUGACAAUGUGGUGGUCUUGUCCAGAACAAGCAAAAGUGGACUUGUUCGUCCAUUGGCAGCUUCAUCAGACCAAUGGGGAGGUGGUGCCAGCAAGAAACGCAGAAAGAAUGCUCAGACCCAUGAUACUGCAGGCCAGAGGACAAUUUAUUUUGAUGAUGAUGAUAAAUUAGACCUUAAAGCAUUGGUUGAGCAAGAAAAAUCUGGCACAGCAGAAGACCAAAAUUCAAUGUUUGCAAGGCUUGCUGGGAAGUCUAAUGAAAGAGAUCUUGAUGUUGAUGACAUGUUUGUUAGUAAAGCUGCCAAAAAACAAGAUGCAGAAAGGAAUGCUACGAAGGAAAGAUCAUCAGCUAUUUUUGAACAUAAAAAGAUGAGCUCAGCCUUAGAGAAAUGUUCACGGUGUCUGCAGAAAGUACCAAAACAUUUAAUUAUUGCUCUUGGUACCAAGAGUUAUCUUUGCCUGCCUCACCAUCGUUCUUUGACUGAAGGCCACUGUUUCAUUGUGCCCAUGCAGCAUGUAGUGUCAGCAACCAGCAUGGAUGAAGAUGUCUGGAAAGAGAUGCAGAGGUUUCGUCAGUGUCUGGUUCAGAUGUUCCAGACCCAGGACCAGGAUGUGGUGUUCAUGGAGACAGUAAUGCAUCUGAAACAUUUCCCCCACACAGUCUUGGAGUGCAUGCCUCUGGAUAGGGAACAGGGGGAUCUGGCUCCAAUAUAUUUUAAGAAAGCUAUCCAAGAAGUAGGCCCCGAAUGGUCAGAUAAUAAAAAACUUCACAGUUUAAAAGGGAAAGACGUCAGGCGUGUGAUUCCCAAAGGUUUCCCCUAUUUCAGUGUAGAUUUUGGCCUAGAAGGAGGAUUUGCCACCGUCAUCGAAGAUGAAAUAAAAUUUCCAGCCUACUUUGGACGGGAAAUAGUUGGUGGCAUGAUUGAUGCAGAGCCCAUGUUAUGGAGGCACCCACACAAACAAAGCUUUGAGGACCAAAGACAGAAGGUUCUCAAAUUUGAGCAGAUGUGGAAACCUUUUGACUGGACACAGAACUUGACAUCUGCUGACUGACCUGACUACACACACACACACACACAUCUUGAUUGUUGUAAAGAAGAGAAAUAUGGCUGAAUGUCUGGUAUGUCUAUGUUGACAUACUCUGUAACUACAAAAUAUGGCUGAAUGUCUGGUAUGUCUAUGUUGACAUACUCUGUAACUACAAAAUAUGGCUGAAUGUCUGGUAUGUCUAUGUUGACAUACUCUGUAACUACAAAAUAUGGCUGAAUGUCUGGUAUGUCUAUGUUGACAUACUCUGUAACUACAAAAUAUGGCUGAAUGUCUGGUAUGUCUAUGUUGACCUACUUGUAACUACAAAAUGUCAUUGAUAGCUGGAAGUUUGUUGUGAUAAGACCUUCAGUGUGUUUGUCAUUUCCAUGAAAUCCAUGAGAUCUGAAGUAAAGGGAAUGAAAGAGAGAGAGAGAAAAGAUAAGAGUGCAAGAAAGCUAUGUACAAAUCUGAUCAACUGAUCCUAGGAAUGUUCACAUUUUUAUAAUAUACACAAAAUAUGUCUUGUUGAUUAAGUUGGAUAUUGUUCAUAAAUAUAUUUUAUUUUAAUUUGUUUUUAUA